AAGGCGGGAAAUUGGUAAUUAAAAUGGAGACCAGUAAAGACUCGAGUAAAGAUUUGUUCCUUUGGCAGAGGGCUUUGUUCCUUGAAGGUCAGACCUUGAGAUCAAGAGCAGAAUCUUUUAGAAUAAGAGCUAGUCAGCUUCAUUGCUCUUACCUGUUAAACUCCAACAAAGGAGAGAAAUUGCAGCUGCUUGAUUUAUUGAACCGUCAUUUACAUCAAUACUCAUCAGUAAUUGACACCCAGGACACCAGUAGAGGUUUAAAUAAUUUUGCUCAGUCAGUUGAAGCAGUCAUCAGUUCUGGAGUGCGAGGGGCAGUACGUGAAGUCAGAAAUGAUAGUAAGCAUUGGAGGACUGGAUUGAAUAAAGAUAUUGCCAUGACAAUACCUUCUGUCCAAGAACUGAUGAAGAGAGAGAAGGUUAGAGACGUCAGGUUUUCUCUCCCUAAUUCCAUUCCUACUGUCCCUCCUAUACCAUCAUUGGAACCACACCCACCAACCCCUCCUCCCUUGCCUCCCCCUAUAACCUCUACUAAAAGUCAGGGCGUUUAUCAGACCCAGUAUAGCAGAUCAAAAUCUGUUUCGGAACCUCUACAUGAAGAUGUUUCUGAUAGUGGAAGGGGCUACUUACGUGGAAGAGGUUCUAGUUAUCCGUUAAAAGAUAAGGGGAGGAAAAGAGGACAUGAUGACAGUGAGGAAGAGGAGGAGUGUAUUGUUAGUGGACGUGGCCAUGGACAGGAUUUUAUCACUGCAAAAGAUCAAUAUGUUAUUGAUCAGAAGAGAAAGUUUGGAAGAGGAGGAGGAGGAGGGAGAGUUCCAAGAGCUAGAGCUGAUGUUACUAGUAAUAAUGAAGACGCUAUCAGUUUAAAUUCUUAUGGCAGCAGCAAAAAAUCACUAGGAACAAGACGGACAGCUGGUAGUAGUUUUGUGCCGCCCAUAAAGAAAAGUGACGUAUCAGAAAUAAAUUCCAGAGUAUUGUAUAGUAAUAAUGCAACAGGAGCAGCUGCUAAUGGACCUACUGUUGGGUGUAAUGUUAAUUUACCUCCUGAACUAGAAGGAAAUGAACUUUUGAAAAAUAUUGAGCCAAGAAUGAUAGAACUGAUAAUGAAUGAAAUUAUGGAUCAUGGUUCUCCGAUUGGUUGGGAUGACAUUGCUGGACUUCAGUUUGCCAAAGACACCAUCAAAGAGAUUGUAGUGUGGCCAAUGUUGAGACCUGAUAUAUUUAAAGGACUGAGGGGGCCACCUAAAGGAAUUUUACUUUUUGGUCCCCCAGGUACUGGCAAAACAUUAAUUGGUAAAUGUAUAGCUAGCCAAGUAAGGGCCACAUUCUUCAGCAUCAGUGCUUCUUCACUUACCUCUAAAUGGGUGGGGGAGGGUGAGAAGAUGGUUCGUGCUUUAUUCAGUGUAGCAAGAUGCUAUCAACCAGCUGUUGUAUUCAUUGAUGAAAUAGACUCUCUUCUCUCUCAGAGAUCAGACAGUGAGCAUGAGUCAUCUCGGAGGAUAAAGACAGAGUUUCUUGUCCAGCUGGAUGGUGCUACUACUGAUGAUAAUGAUAGACUCCUAGUGAUAGGUGCUACAAACAGACCCCAAGAGAUUGAUGAGGCUGCAAGGAGGAGACUAGUCAAGAGACUCUACAUACCAUUGCCUGACUCUGUGGCUAGGAAAGAAAUAGUGCUCAAUUUAUUAAAGGAUCAGAAGUAUUCGUUAUCAGAGGAAGACACUGCCAACUUAUGCGAAGCAAGCAAAGGUUAUUCUGGGUCUGAUAUGGCUAAUCUGUGUCGUGAGGCUGCCCUUGGCCCCAUUAGAGAUGCAGCUCAUAACAUUCAACACAUUUCACCUGAUGAGGUCAGACCUGUCAAUUAUCAUGAUUUUGAAGAUGCUUUUUGCAACAUUCGUGCUAGUGUCUCUGAUAAAGAUUUAGAAGUGUAUACUAAUUGGAACAAGAAGUAUGGCUGUGGUAAUUCAAGCAGCAAAAGACAGACAUGAAUACAUGCACACACACACACACACACACAUAUCAUGUAUCAUGUAUUGUUACAUGGUAAACUUAUUAACAGGUAUGAUAAUCAAUAAUGAUUACACACACACACACACAUGAAGAUAAUCAAUACUCCACACAUUCAUGCAUAACUGUAUACACAUGUACAUUAUUUAUAUGCAAAUCAUAUCACCCUUACUAUUGGCAGAUGGUUAUUCGAUUUGCAUGCAUGUUUGUAGCUAAUUUGGCAGAAAAGCAAUUUUAUAUCCAA